UAUAAGACCUACAGAUGUUAGAUGUCUUUAUAGUGUUAUAUAGUGUUCAACAUCCUUGAGAAAAGCAUCAACAUGAGGUUUAUUAUUGCUAAACUUAAAUUUAUGGAUAAAAUACUUUGCCAGAAUCAUUACCAAGUUAAUUAUAAAUAUGUUGGGUACUUGAGAACACCAAACACCACAUUUUCUCAUAAUAAAGUAAAGUCUUUAGAGAUAUAUUCCAUGAUAAAUCUGCAAAAGUCCCUCCAGAGUAAAGCUCACAUUAGUGCAGGCUGUCUCGCUUUCCACGCAUGCGCUCUGAGGCUACCGCGUCGUCAUGGCUGACACGGGCUGGCCAGGCUGUGCAAAGAGUUUGAAAGGAGUCAUAUUGGACAUGUGUGGCGUGUUGUAUGACAGCGGGGAGGGCGACGGGGUUGCCAUACCUGGUUCGAUUGAAGCUGUGAAAAAGCUCAAGGCAUCCGACCUGCAGCUGCGCUUCUGCACUAAUGAGACCCAGGCCACCAGGGAGAAGUUUGUAGCCAAGCUCCAGAGACUGGGCUUUGACAUCUCCGUGUCUGAGGUCUUCUCCCCUGCUCCUGCAGUCGUAGCUGUCCUGAAGGAGAGGGGCUUACGGCCCCACCUGCUGGUGUAUGAUGCACUCCUCCCUGAGUUUGACAACGUCGACAAGAGCAACCCAAACUGUGUGGUGAUCGGAGACGCAGCUGAAUAUUUUUCCUACCAGAACCUGAACGAGGCAUUCAGGGUCCUUGUGGGCCUGGAGAAGCCAGUGCUGUUCUCUCUGGGCCAAGGGAGGUACUACAAGGAGACGGAUGGUUUGAAACUAGAUGUCGGGGUGUACAUGAAGGCUCUGGAGUAUGCCUGUGAUUUAAAGGCUGAAGUAGUUGGAAAGCCAUCCUCAACAUUCUUCCAGAGUGUUCUCAAUGACAUGGGGCUCCAGCCACAUGAGGCUCUGAUGAUCGGUGACGACCUGGUUAAUGACGUGGGUGGGGCCCAACACUGUGGCAUGAAAGGCGUACAAGUCAGGACAGGCAAAUACAGGCCCAGUGAUGAGUGGCACUCGACUGUGACGGCUGACAGCACUGUGGACAACCUGGCUCAGGCUGUGGACAUGAUCCUCAAUCAGAGGCACUGAGUACAAGGCAGCGGACACUGGAAACUCUCCAUUAACUGUGACCCUGGGUGAUACAGGCUGGUGCUCGAUAGUAUUUUUAUAUAGCUCUUAAAGGAUCCCUAUACGAUAUUCAGAGCAUUAAUAUAGCAACAAACUGUUUGCUAUGUAAAGUAAAGUGGAGUAAUGGCGUCACGAUGCUUUUUUGUGUUGUAAUCCGAGCUUCUCUGUUUUUUUGUUGCGGUAGUGGGUCUGGUCCGGCGUACAUGUGGGUGUAUUCAAGUUCCCAGGAACAUCCUGUCACGUGAAAGGCCAAACAAGACUCGUUCCCAUAGACUUACAUUGUGAAAGAGGCAUCUGUAAUUCAAUGGAUGCAUUUUUUGGGGCGUCACAGCAUUCACGAAAUGACUCGUUUCGCUAUCGAUUUGAUUCCUUUUGGUCCGAUAUCAUUUCACGAUUAAAACAUUUCUAUCCCUAUAUAAGUUUGCAGAGGGCUAAAUCAGGAGUUAGCCGCUCGGCCGUCGUAAGUCUCUAGUGCGCUUGCUCUAUUGGCACCACGAUGCGGACGAUCCAGGUAAUCUCAUACCUGAGAAAUCAAGCUUUUUAGGUUUUAAACGGGGCUCCGCGUCCAACUUUGUAUCCAGUUCUCUUUAUACAUCCAUGGUGUGCAUCCCACUGGCUAGCUAAUCACUGCUGCUCUGCACUGCGCUCAUAUGGCGGUCACCGCUGAUAACAGGAUGGCAUCGUCGCAAAUUGGUAGCACCAACCCUCCGUUUCCCCGUUAGCUCUGUCAACGCUGUUUGCGCUGUUAGCAUCGUUAGCUGCUAGCUGCCGGCUCAGCCACCUUCAUGUUGAGAGCCAUGUGCGGACAACCUCUCAAUCAUAGAUAUGCUCUGAGUAUCGUAUAGAGCUCCUCUAAUUGUUAUCUCUAGUAGGAAGGGUAUGUAGCACUGAGGUAUUUUAAGUAACAUGUCAUAGUAGUACAAAACUAAAACACCAUCCACAUACUGUAUAUCCUGUACCUGUCAAUGAACUGUCAUAUAUGGGAAACACCCGCCCACCUGGUGCUCCACAUAGUGUAAAACAAACUAGGAUAAAAUUUGCAGAACCAUUAUCUGAGUCUGCAGGAGAUAAGCUUUAGGGCUGUACUGUGCAUUUGUCAGUACAUGAUUGCCAUAGAUAAGAUACCUCAAGCUGACACGAAUGUGCCUGUAACCAGCUGCUGACUGACAGAAGUGUAAAAUAACAGUGUGUGUUCAGAGUUUGUGCUGCUGUUUCACACUCAAAUUCUUCGAGGAGAUACAUGAAGACAGGUUAAACAGGAAAUGCACAAUUGAACUGUCGCUGUAGUGUAUUUUAACGUACUUUAAUUAAGCCUGUUAUAUGAAGGUAAAGUUGCUUUCACUCACUCCCUUUACACAAAACAUGCACCGGCUUAAUAAAGCAGCAGGGAGUAGUCAGUAAAAUAAAAAAAGGUCUUUUAC